GACGACCCAGGAACCGGACAACAACCAACUAGAGGAAGUUAAUCAAAUAGCAGCUGGGGAGUCUCCAGAUUACCAGGAACCUCUAGAUAACCAAGUCUUAGGAACGCACCGAGCUCUAUUUGAUCGACAGGUGUCCUCUACAAUCCAAACACUAACUAGUCCCCGAACGGUGGCCUUAACCCGACCAACUGUUUCUAGCAAGAGACCAGAGAACACCUUAAUGACUUUAGCCAGUGACGACCAGGCUAAUCAAACAAUACCAGGUAGGCCGACAGUGUUAGCAGAGGAAGGACCUAGCCAAAAUACUCUGACUACCCAGACGACUGUUAGUAACCUGAUACAAACUGAAAACCACACAGCUGUAGUUCAAUUACCACUGAUUGCAGACCAUUCCCGUUGCUUAGUUGUGGAUUCUGCUCUUCCUUUCUGCUCCUCGAUGGCUGGGCAGAGGUUUUUUGUGCCUAAUUAUCUUAAUCAGAGCAGUGUGGAGGAAGUCCGGGCCCUCCUGAACGACUGGGCUUGGCUGUUGAGCUCCCGUUGCCACCACAGUUUGGAGUGGUUUUUCUGCCUUCUCUUGGUACCACAGUGUGAUUCUCAGGUCCCGGUGUUGCCUUGCCGGAGUUUCUGCAAAGUGUUGCAGGACAGUUGCUGGACACUCCUGGAUGAGGGACACCUCCCUGUGGAGUGCCACACUCUACCAGACCAGGAGGCCCACGGGUAUCAGUGCUUGUCAGUUAGUAACCACAAAGAGGACAGUGGGGUGUCUCUGCUCCAGCUGAUCGGGGAUCCUCCUCCAGAUGAGAUCUCUCGGGUCUACGGUCCCGACAACAGCCCCGCCUACGUGUUCGGUCCCGACGCCAACACGGGUCAGCUGGCUCGCGCCCACCUGCCCAGCCCGUUCUACAGAGACUUCGCUCUGGUCUUCAACCUCAAACCCACGUCUGACCGGGCCGGCGUGGUCUUCUCGGUCACGGACGCCUCCCAGCAGAUCAUGUACGUGGGGGUGAAGCUGUCGGCCGUGCAGGGGGGAAACCAGAACGUCCUCCUGUACUACACCGAGCCUGACUCGCAGAGGUCGUACGAGGCCGCCAGGUUCCUGGUGCCCUCCCUGACAAACACCUGGACCCGCUUCGCCAUCGCCGUCAAGGACGACAAGGUGAUGUUCUACCUCAACUGUGACACCGACCCUCAGGUGACGCGCAUCGAAAGGUCGCCGGACGAGAUGGAGCUGGAGGCCGGAGCGGGGGUGUUCGUCGGGCAGGCGGGAGGGGCCGACCCGCACAAGUUCCUGGGGGUCAUCGGUGAGCUGAGGGUGGUGGGAGACCCCCACGCUGCUGAGAGACACUGUGAGGAGGAGGGGGACGACUCCGACAUGGCAUCAGGUGAAGGAAGUGGAUUUGAAGAAACCAGACCACUGAGACCAGCGGUGGACAGACAGAAGUGGAUGACUCCUCCUCCAUCGUCUCGUCCCAUUCAACAACCUCCAGUUACCAGGAAAAAUGAGUUAUCAGUGGAAAGAGAGACAGGACCAGUCAGGGCUAAAGGAGAGAAAGGAGACCGAGGGGACAGAGGACAGAAAGGAGACCGGGGUCUGACGGGGCCCAAGGGAGAGCCAGGAUCCGGAUCCAGCGGCUCACGAGGUGGACCGAGGGGAGACAAGGGUGAACCUGGAGAAAAGGGAACAAAGGGCAGUGCCGGCUUUGGAUACCAAGGGAAGAAGGGAGAGCCUGGUCCUCCUGGUCCCCCUGGUCCUGCUGGUCCUCCAGGACCCCCAGCUGAGUUUUCAGUCAGUAGUGACGGCUCUGUGGUUUCAGCCCCUGGAGCUCGAGGGCCUCCUGGACCACCAGGCCCCCCAGGCCCCCAGGGACCAUCAGGAGAUGAUGGAGAACCGGGGGAUCCUGGUGAGGAUGGAAAAACUGGUCCUGAGGGACCUCCAGGCUUCCCAGGAACCCCAGGAGACUCUGGACCCAAAGGAGAAAAGGGAGACCGUGGAGAGGGUCAACCUGGUCCCAGAGGACCCCCAGGACCUCCUGGACCUCCAGGACCAGGAUUCAGAUCUACCUUUGUGGACAUGGAGGGCUCCGGGUUCCCAGACCUGGACUCUAUCCGGGGUCUACGUGGACCACCUGGUCCUCCUGGUCCCCCUGGUCUUCCUGGUCCUCCUGGUCUUUCCACAGCAGGCACAGUAUUGAGUUCUGGGGCCUUUGGACCACCAGGAAAAGACGGUUCACCUGGUCAGCCUGGUCUGCCUGGGUUACCCGGUACUGACGGUCUCCCAGGGGCUCCUGGUCCGAGGGGAGAGAAGGGGGAUUCAGGUGAGCUGGGCCUUCCAGGAGCAGUUGGAGCUAAGGGAGCUCAAGGAGACCCUGGUUUGCCAGGACCCCCAGGAGAGUCUGGACUGGCUGGUCUGCCUGGACCAAUGGGACCGGUUGGACCUCCUGGUCCUCCUGGUCCUCCUGGACCCAGUUAUCGGGUUGGAUUUGACGACAUGGAGGGUUCAGGUGCGGCGGUGCAGAGUGGACUGCCUGGUGUGAGAGGACCAGAAGGAAGACAGGGUCCUCCUGGAUUCCCUGGCCUCCCUGGUAAACCUGGUCUACCUGGUAUACCAGGUCAGAAGGGCUCUGAGGGUCCAGUAGGCAGAGAUGGUCAGCCUGGACUGGAUGGAUUCCCUGGACCUCAGGGACCAAAGGGUGACAGAGGAGACAGAGGAGAACGGGGUGAACCAGGUAGAGAUGGAACUGGACUUCCAGGCCCACCAGGCCCACCUGGACCUCCAGGACAAGUUAUUUACCAGACAGGAAACUUUGAUGGAGUUCUUGGAAGUGCUGGGCCUCAGGGGGACGCUGGUUUGCCUGGUCAAGCUGGAUUCCCUGGCCCAAUGGGACCAAAAGGGGACAGAGGGGACCCAGGCCUCCCAGGGUUUGGAAUAAAGGGAGACAAAGGUGAGCCAGGUUUAGUGGUUGGACCUGAUGGGAAUUUUCUGCGUCUGGAGGGUCUGUCAGGUCCUAAGGGGGACAGAGGCCAACCUGGACCUGUCGGACCUCCUGGCACAUAUGGACCUCCUGGAUUAAAGGGUGAAAUUGGAAUGCCUGGAAGACCGGGUCGUCCUGGUGUGAAUGGAUACAAGGGGAGAAAGGAGAACCGGGGUCUGGAGCUGGUUUUUGGAUAUCCUGGACCACCUGCCCCUGGACCCCCAGGACCCCCAGGACCAGCCAUCCCCAUAGACCGCUUCAAUCGUUAUGAUGAGACGGCACGAAAUUAUCCAGCAAUUAAAGGAGAAAAAGGGGAGCGUGGACUUCCAGGGAUCCCAGGAACUGCCUCAAAUUUUGAUAUUUAUACGUUCAAGAAUGGGCUGAAGGGUGAACAUGGAGAUCCAGGUGUGAAAGGAGAGAAGGGGGAGCCUGGGGGGGGGUAUUAUGACACACACUUCGGAGCACAGGGACCACCUGGAGCGCCUGGAAAACCAGGUUUACCGGGACCAAAGGGGGAUACUAUUAUGGGACCCCCAGGACCUCAAGGACCGCCAGGACCUCCAGGGAUAGGUUAUGAUGGACGCCCUGGUCAACCAGGUCCACCUGGACCUCCAGGACCUCCAGGAAUUCCACAAACAGGAACCUACAGGCCCAAUACCCCGCUCAGUGUACCUGGACCUCCUGGACCUCCUGGUCCACCUGGAAGUCCUGGUCUCUCCUCUGGGGUGACCGUUCUGAGGUCAUAUGACCUAAUGAUUGCUACGGCCAGACGUCAGCCUGAGGGCAGUCUGGUCUACAUCAUAGACAAAGCAGACCUGUAUUUGAGAGUCCGCGAUGGACUGCGUCAAGUCCUGCUUGGCGAGUACACUCCCUUCUUCAGAGAUCUGGAGAACGAGGUGGCUGAGGUCCAGCCCCCACCGGUGGUCCUGUACCCCCAGUCCCAGGACCAGUCCCACAACAACGGGGCCGGACAUUACUCCCACAGCGGGUCGGUCAUACGGCCCAUCGACCCCCCCCCACACCCACCCGUAGACCCCAGGUACCCCCCCCAGUACGAUCCCAGAUUCCCAGACCUGCGACACCCCGGGCAGACAGAUGGAAGGUUGUCCACCCAGCACACCGAGAACCGCUACCCCGUCACCCCCCAGAGACGACCCCACCCACCGGUACCACAGCCGGCUGGACCUGUGGAGACCACAGGGCUCCACCUCAUCGCCCUGAACAGCCCACAGACGGGGAACAUGCGUGGGAUCCGUGGAGCGGACUUCCUGUGCUUCCAGCAGGCCCGGGCCGUGGGCCUUAAAGGGACCUUCAGGGCCUUCCUGUCCUCCAAACUCCAGGACCUGUACACCAUCGUCCGCAGGUCGGACCGGGACAACUUCCACAUCGUAAACCUCAAGGACCAGGUGUUGUUUAACAGCUGGGAGUCCAUCUUCGGUGACAACGCCAGUAAAAUCAGGGAGAAUGUGCCCAUUUACUCCUUUGACGGCAGAGACAUCCUCAGGGACAGUGCGUGGCCAGAGAAAAUGGUGUGGCACGGCUCCAGUACCAAAGGCCACCGACAGUCCGACCACUACUGCGAAACGUGGCGUGCGGGCGAGCGCGCUCUGAGCGGCCUGGCGGCGUCGCUCCAGCAGGGCGGCGUCCUCCUGCAGCAGACGUCCAGCAGCUGCUCCAACGCAUACAUCGUCCUCUGCAUCGAAAACGCCUCCACGUCACACUCUAAAAAAUAAGCCCCUCCUCUCUGAAGGUUUGGUCGUGCGGGGCCUUAGUUAACGGUCGUUUGUGUUUUUGUUUUUUUUUGUUUUUUUUUAUUCCCUGUUUUGGCGCCCUGUGAACGCCUGGCGUCUGAUGAACUGGCCCUGCGGUUCUGUGCCUUCACAUUUGGCUUCUCCUUCCAUAAACGCCAAAGAAAUGGUGGAAAAGAGGAGCGUCGGGGGGGGGGGCAUUGGCACAUAUUUUCUUCGAUCAGAGGAAGAAGUACGGAGAAGCUACACACGUUCUUCAAUAGUAUCUUUUUUUAUAUGUUCAUUGUUUGUAUCUUUUUUUUUUUUUAAUGUUAUCACUGUUUUACCUUUUGAACUGUUUUUAAAAUUUCUAUAUCCUUCCUGUUUUUUGUUGUUGUUGUAAUUUUAGGUAUCGAUCAUUUCAACAUCUGUUCCGUUCAACCGGAACACAUUUGAAUUUUUAGGGUUUCGAAGGGGUACAGCCAACUUUUAAAAGAAUAUUUUAAAUUCUAGUCAAAUGAUAGAUAUUUAUUUUUAAAUGAAGUUAUGUAAGAACAAAAAACAAAAAAAAAAUUGGAAAAAU